CCUCUCUUACCCACCGAGCCGCCGGCUCUUUUCCUCUUCAGCCAUUGGACCGCUAUCCGGAACGGCCACGCCCACGGCUCACCUGCUCAUACGUCACGUCGCGAGAGAGUUGUAUUUCGACCUGCGCAGCGCUUUUGGCGGAGUAAGAGGAAGGAGCGGCGCAGGAUCAGGCAGGCAAAGGAAACACCUGUGGAGGGCGAGGACAUAAGCCGGGCGGUUCCCAGAAUACAACGGGGUGUCGCCCCCCACUAGUCCACCUUCUGGUCCUCCUCCUGGGCGCAAGCCCCUUUUGGGUACAACAAUGGAUCUUGUCCUGGCAUAUGCAGAUGACUCUGUUUUUACGCCAUAUGUUUAUCCAGCCGCAUGGCCAGAAGAUAACCCUUUUCGACAGUUUAUUAGCCUUGUUGUCAUAACAAAUGUGGGUGCUCUUGUCCUUUAUUUGCUGAUUGGCAGUCUCAGCUACUACUUCAUAUUUGAUCACUCGCUAAAGAAACAUCCUCAGUUUUUGGAGAAUCAAGUGCAGCGUGAAAUCAAAUACACUCUCAAAUCAAUGCCAUGGAUCAGUGUCCCCACUGUUGCCAUCUUCUUUGCUGAAGUCAGAGGCUACAGCAAACUCUAUGAUAACAUUGAAGACUCUCCUUAUGGUUGGUUUGGUGUUAUCCUCAGCAUGCUCUCUUUCCUCUUCUUUACUGAUAUGUGUAUCUACUGGAUUCAUCGAUUUCUCCAUCAUAAGCUUGUGUAUAAGCGUUUGCACAAGCCCCAUCACCUGUGGAAGGUCCCAACUCCAUUUGCAAGCCAUGCUUUUCACCCCAUGGAUGGCUUCCUUCAAAGCAUCCCGUAUCACAUCUAUCCAUUCCUUUUCCCCCUGCACAAGGUGACCUAUUUGGGCCUCUAUGUCUUCGUCAAUAUCUGGACAAUCUCCAUCCAUGAUGGGGACUAUCAUGUUCCUGGCGUACUGAAGGAAAUUAUCAAUGGUGCCGCCCACCACACUGAUCACCAUUUGUUCUUUGAUUACAACUAUGGCCAGUAUUUCACACUCUGGGAUAGAAUUGGGGGCUCAUACAAAAACCCUUCUGCUUUUGAAGGGAAAGGGCCCCAUGAUUAUUUGAAAAAGCUAAAAGAAAGCAAAUCGAGCAGUUUUAAAAAUGGCUGUGGGCAUGAGGGAGUGCUAGAGGAAGGCAGUUUUAAAAAUAAAUAGGCCCCUCCCUCUCCAAGGAUAGGAAAGCCCUAUAUGCAUUAUUUUUAAAUAACUGUAUAUAAACUUCCCUCUCCUGUAACACUACCGGGAGACAGGCACUGUAGACAUCACUCGGAGAUCUUGGUGAUGGAAUUAUAGAGUUGAGAACUAAGUUGUUCUGUAAUGAAGACUCUGCUUAGUAAGGCAGAAAUACAUAAGUUGCGAGUUGCAAAGCAACAACUUUGUUGGAUACAGUAAUGGAGAAAAUGCCUGUAGCUGAUGAUGCUAUUGAUAAGUUAAUUUGGGAACACUGCCUUUUCUUGCACAAUACAUAGGAGCUGAAACCUGACAUGAACUCUGUUGCUAUUGGAAUGAGUUUAGAAGUCAUUUGCUUCUUUGUGCAACCCUUAACACUCUUGAAUCCAUAGUUUGCAGUUCAUUUGUAAUUCCAGCAAGAUGCUAUAAGUCAAUGUGUGGAGUUGACAAACUAGAUAGCUGCCUUUGUGACUGCGUUUACUAGCAUGAAAAUGGGCUUGCAGGAUGAAUAUCAAACAUGCAACAUUCAUGUCACUUUCUGUUUUCCAAGUGCCCCAGUUUUUCAGAUAAGGUAAAACAGAUGGUUUUUCACGAAGCAUCACAUGUCCAGAUUGCUUUAUAGGUUGUUUUCAAAAGAUGCUCCCUAACAUUUUAGAAAAUAUGUGUUGAAAUGCCCUUUUUUCUUAAUUGAACAGCAAGGUUAAUGCCUGGCUUCUGUUGUGGAGUAGACACGUGUUUGGUAUUUCAAUGUCCCUCUGUUGAAAGUAUCACAAUGCAAAUGCAGAAAAUAAGGCAAAGGAACUAUUGCUAUGUUUUCAGAAUGCCUUUGUUAUACUUUCAGGAAUCCUUUGGAUGAUUAUCUUAUAGGGAAUCGCACUGAAGCAUACGGUAACAUUGCCUUUCCAUAGAGUGCAUUGUAUAUUAGCAGAGCAAUGUGAUCUAGCUAAAGACAAAAAUGAUCAGAUUCUUAAGGUUGUAGAGCACACUCUGCAAUUCUCGAGGGGCCAUAUGAGAGUGAAGGAGACAGGUUUGGUCAAGUGAAAAAAGCUGUCUUAGGAAGUUUUUUUAAGAGCUGAAUCCCAUUGUGGAGUUGGCUUCCGUUUUGAGCCUUGUCAGUGGGUCCAGUCCACCAUUGAGUUUAUUUUAGUGGUGCUUGCAUUAGUCAACUUCUUAGUAGAUUAAACCCAGCACAUUUUCUAAGCUGUCUCAUUGGCUCUUCUUUUUUGCAAUUUGCUGUUACUUUCUUUCCUCUCAGCAUGUGUCACUUUGAAGUCUAAAUGCCAAAAACAUUCAUUUCAACAGUGCUAUGCUUUACUGCUUUGAUAUAGACAAAUGCAUAGAAUUUCAGAGACAUUGCAAAACGGAGUUCUCUGUUUGAUAAUUAUAUCAUAUGAAGGAUUGUGUUUUCUGGUUAAACCAGGCAGCAGCCUGUGGAAACUGUCUUUUCGUUUUUUUAAAAAAAACUGUUUUCAAGAGAUAAAAGCAUGACUGCUAUUAAAGAUAUGAAGCUUUACAAAUUAA